GGCUGGCAGUGGGACGGGCGCUGAUUGGCUUCGGCGCUGCGCGCGAUGACAGUUGGAGCGCGGGAGGCCGCGGCCUGGGAGUUGCGGGGUGAUGGAGUGACUGUCCGUGUGAGCAGAGGAGAGACUGGCAGCUGCCUGGACUGCGGCGCAGCUGCGGAAGGAUCUACCUUUGAGAAUGGGUUUCAGAAAGUAAACUUGACUGAAGGCAGCCUGAGCCCUGACGUGUUCUCACAGAAGAUGAACCAGAGCGGUGGAUCCCGAGCGGGGGAGACAGGACAGCUUAGCAAUGCUUCACUUCUCAGCAGUCACAGCCAACAAAGCAUUGCUCUCCAGCCUGAAAGAAUGUGUUCUCCUGAACCUGUGUUAUCAACUCCCAAAAUUGGAGCCCAGACACCUAGUCCACAGCUACCUUUGUGUAUGGAUGGUGACUGGGAGAGCCGCGAAGAACUGCGCUUGCGAGAGCUGGAGGAGGCCAGAGCUCGGGCAGCGCAGAUGGAAAAGACAAUGCGCUGGUGGUCAGAUUGUACUGCCAACUGGCGGGAGAAAUGGAGCAAAGUGCGGGCAGAGAGGAACAAAUCCAGGGAGGAGGUGAGGCAUCUGCGGCAAAAACUAGAGGCCCUCACCAAGGAGCUGACCACCGUCAAACGGGAAAAGCAGGAAUUGUCCAAUGAAAAUGAGCAGCUGAGGCUGGAGGCGGAGCGGAGCAAGAAUGAUCGGCACAAUGAGGAAACGCUGGACAAUAAACUGGUCUCCGAAAAGGAGAGUGAAAGUAUGAAUGUUCCGGAUCAAGAGCCAGUCAGAGAUCUGGGAUCAGAAAAAUCUUCUAAAAACAAGGAGUUUGAGCUCAUGGAGGCCAUUAUGAAAACCAAGCAGGACAAUUCUGAGGCCUGGGACCAGCGCAGUACACAUAGUGUACGCACAUCACUUAGCCGCCAGGAGAGAAACCGCCUACUGUGGGAGGAAGUGGCAGUGAUUGAAGAGGAUGCCACAAAAGUUACUGCUUUGCAACUGCGCCUGGAUGAGUCCCAGAAAAUCCUGCAGAAAGAACGGGAGGACAAGAGUGCGUUGAGUAAACACAUUGAGAGGCUGGAGACAGACCUGAGCCAGUGGAAGAUUAAGCAUGAAGAGCUCAUCAAAUCCAAGCAGGAAGUGGUCAUACAACUGAACAUCCUGAAGGAUGUCCACGAGGAUGAAUUGGGCCGUAUAUCUGAGGACCUGGAGGAUGAGCUCGGAGCUCGCUCUAGCAUGGACAAGAAACUUGCUGAUUUACGAGCAGAGAUGGAGAGACUGACAGAUGUAUAG